UUUGAGAAGUCGCACUUCAAUGAGUGUUCUGCCUUUCUUUUGUUUGCCAAUCGAUAAUAGAAGAACGCACCGAAGCUGUAUGAACACGGUACAAACAGGCGGUAUUGGAGCAUUAUUACACAUGUCAUACGUGUACACCAUAGUAUAUUAUAACCCAAUGCAAGGCAAUUUGUAAGGUGCAGUUAUAUAUUUCAUAUUUCAGGACCAAGGAGUUCGGCCAAGGAUCAGUGGUAGUAUAUUCCUGAUUGGCGCACUCGGUGCGUGUAUGUGUGGGAGGUACGCCAAGACGAGAUAUUUGAAGCAGACGGUGUGUUGUAUACUACAUGGAACAUGGUUAUCCCGGCCCCUAUAUAAAGCCGUCUCCAUCUAGGGUGGAACAUAAUAUUCACCGAGCUGCAACCUGCCGCGGUAAAGCUACUUCGCGCAAAUGUCGUUUCUCUUCAGAGGUGAAAUAUCAUAUUCCGAUGAAACUACAUUUUCAGAUCAUCAGAGAGAAUUUGUCUGGUUCUGUCAUGUCAUGAAUGAUAGCGUGGUUGCCGUACUGAUCAAUGCGACAUGAACAAUGAGAUGGUGAUGGUGAUGGGACACAACUUUGCAUCUGUUUGUCAAUCGUUGAACUAAACUCGGGACUAAACUCCGCAGGAAAUAACAGGUAUGUCGUCAUGGAUGAACUGCUAGUAUUCAUUUUUAUCUGCUGACAGAUAUCGCACUCUGAUUUUUCAAGGUUGUUGGAGCACACUUCUAUACUCGUGUAAAAUUGCAUUUUUAUUUUAAAGUAAUACCCGAAGGAAAUACCUCCACGACAAUGCGCUAUAUACCGAUGGGCAUGAACCAGUGUAGUUGGACGAUAAUAAUGAAGACGAUUAAGAAAAUGCGAUCUACUCAAUUAGAUUAUUGCCCAAAGAAAGUGAGUGUGUGAUUUAAUUUUCAUUCCAGUUCAUGGCAUAGGGAAUUGCCAACGAUUGAAGAUGGCUAACAAUAACACACUACAACUUUAUCGCACCCUGCCGCUUAAUGACGGAGAAAAUACUCAACUUUUCACUUUUAAGUUGGGUUUAAUGAACUUAGAUGAAUUCAAAUCUCGCUCCGUUCGCUCCACCAUCAUCAACUACCAAGGACAAGAUUGGUAUCUUAGUUGCAAAUAUGCGGAGGGGAAAAGACUUGAAUAUUUAGGAGUUUACAUUUACUGGGGGAGUCCAUCUGAAGGUGUACGAUGCCGAGCCGACUUCCGUAUCAUCACCCGAAACAUCCUAGAUCCUACAAAGAGUUUGGUAACUGAAGGAAGUCAAGUUGAAUUCAGUGCUCCUCAAUCACCUGGUUGGGGUAAGAGAGAGUUUGCAUCUCUCAGAGAACUCUUCACACCAGGACAAGGAUUCUUAUUAGAACCCGAGAAGAUUGUCAUCAUCGAACUUGCUAUGAAAUCAUGUUCAACGUUGUUUGAGCAAUCUGUUGAUUUUACCCAGUUGCUGAGUCAUAGAGAGCAACCGUAUCCUUCCUUCUUUACUGCUAACUUUUCGCUAGCAGGGAUGGAGUUCUACGUCUCGCUUUAUCCCUUAGGUGACCGUGAAGAAGCUGAGGGACAUGUUUCCAUGUACCUUCACCGUUUCCUUGGUAACGAAGGUGAUACAUCAAUCAUCGGAUGUCGUAUCCGAUAUCGUUUCUUUCUUGGACACAGUCGAACAUGCCCAACCAGCUCGAAGACAUUUGAGUUUUCUUUUAAGAAUGAGCAAGGGUAUGGUCGUUUCAAGGCAUUCGAACCAUUGAAUGGUAGUGACAAUCUCCUAUAUCGUGGUGCUGUUCCUUUGGGUGUAGAGGUUGUAUCUAUAACACCUUUUGCUCAACCUGAGAUCAGACUCACCACCAGAGGAUAUUAUCACACCGACAAUUUCGUGUUCGAAGAUGCUGUCUUUCCCGACCAUCGUGGAAACCAAUGGCGACUCUCAGCCGCAAAUUCUUCCCAAUUCCUUUCACUCAAACUCAACGCUGAAGACAAGAACCGAUUGUUCUCUGCUCCAGGAUUGAUUUCUAACCAGUCAAGACUUACCAAGAGAGAAGAGUGUACCAAGUUCAUCCAAUGGAGAGCUUUUGUCUUGUCAAGGACUGAUCGUAAGAAGACCCUUGCAGUGAAUGGUUGUCCACUCUCUGCCUAUUACUCACGGGGUUUGAUGCAGACUAACUACAGUAUGUCUACACAGAUUCCUCUUCUCAAGGCGAAGGCAUUGGAUGGUGAUUACUGCACAAAGGAUGAACCAUCUUUACUGGUCCGUAUUGAGUUUCUUAACGUACAGGAUAUCGUUUGUGUGAUGACUGAUUAUCCUACAUUAGAUUUUGAGAGGUUUCAGCUCUACCACACCAGGGAAGGAUUAAAGCGAUGUCUGAAGCAGAAUGAUGUACUAGUACGGGAGAUGGAAAGCUUGCGAACUCGUCUAAGCAAUGCAAUGAAGGAAAGUAAAGACUCUCGUGAUCUUGUACAAGACUUUCAGAGAUUAAUCAAGCAUCCCAUCCCACCGCUGUCACCUACUCCUGACAGUAGUCGUAAUACUCAAUUGAUGAACUGGCUACUACAACAAGAUUCAAUACCAAACAAGACUGAGAAUCCAAGUGAUCACAACAAGCAGUUAACAGCUCAGUCAGCUCGGCCAGCUUCAGUCUCCUCUUCACCAACACUACCAGUUCAGCCUCCAGUCCCUAGACCCCGUGGUGUUAGAGGACCACCUCCUCGUCCUCCACCCAGGGCCUAUUCACCGGUGGCUACAGAUCUGGUCAGUACAAGGCAAUUCACUUAUAACCCUACGACACUAAUGCAGGCUAAUUCACUGGCCUCACCACCACAUGCCGCCAAUUCAGCAGGACUGGCAAUGGCAAGUGAUCAACAGAGAUUGGCAGUUCUUAACUCAAACGAUACUGCCUUUAAGAGGUUCUCCUUCACGGGUAUCAAUGUUACUCCAGCAAUGAUAUCAAGUCAGGCUGCAGAGACUUCCAGGAAUGUGGAUGUAUCUGCUCAAAGCUCAUCCGUGGGGAAGGAACCAACAUCACCCAAAGGAUCAACACCCCUCCAAGAUCAAACCCCUUCAACAAGUUCUUCCUCAUCGGUUGUUAUGUCAAAGAUAGGAAAUGGAGGUUCGUCUAGAGGUUUUGCUCUUGCAAGAAUGACAAGACCAAACGUGAGUCAGUCGCAACCAAGCGUGAAUCAGACACAAUCACAGCAACCACAACAAUCACAUUCUCUCAUCGACCAACCUGUCAAGUGGCCUAUCGGUAUGACCCCUCCAGCUACUUCACAUAUAUCUCAUUCAACCGGAGAUCUAGAAGGUAAAUCUACAAGCCCCAGUCAUCAAACAUCACAACACCUCUCGAAUGGAGAUAUCGGGACAAACACUGAGCUUCCAGGUGGCUUUCAUUCUAAUCUUCAACAGUCAUUCAGCCAUCCAAACAUAAGCACACAUUCGGAGUCAAAUGGACAACCGCUAGUUGGUCUUCCAAUUACGUCUACUACUAAUGACUCUAAAAUCACUUCCAAUAAGCCUUCUGCCAUCCAAAACAUCCCACAACGACCUCUCUCUGGAAGUAUGUCAAAAGAAUUUGAAUUUUCACCAGUUCCGCAGUCUGUUGUCAACAGGCGAUCUCCAGUACCUGAGCCACAAGUUCACAAACCUAGCCCACAAAGUGCAAUUACCAACACUUCUGGUUUGAAUCAGCCUUUGGUUCCACAUGUUAUUCCAAGGGACCAAAUGAUAUCCAAUCAAAAUGCAAUAAACACAGAAGAAUCAAGAAAUGUUAAGUCUACACCAUCUACUCCAAAUAAGUCUACCCGAAAGCCAGUAGCAAUCACUUCAAAGUCUACCCCUAACUCUCCUACCAAACAGCCUCCAAGUCAUGACCAACAAACAGGGUAUGGUCAACGACUGUCUGGAAAUGGUCAAUUGCAAACGGUACUUCACCAGCAGUCACUACCUUCGCAAUCGUUCAUAGACAAUGAUGCCCAUAUAGACCUUCCACAGCCUAUAAACAAUCAUGAAGUUUCUACCAAUCGAUUUGUAAACAGCACAAGACCUGAAGAACCCAUUGCAUUAGUACAAUCAGAGAUGGCCAAAAGGACAAUGGUGAAUUCACAACGAGGUAAUCACCCUGUACCUGAACUACUUAGCAAUGGUAUGAAGCAAACUGAUGAGAUUCAAGAAAGACCACGAAGUGUUGUUGAAGAGAUGAAGCAAAUCAACGUUGGUCCAGUCAUGAACUCAAAUGAACAAUGGUCUUUACCUAGCAUAGAACAACGUCGACGCAUGGGGGUUAUUGAAACGAGUCUGUAGCUUGUAGGCUGCUGAUCGAAACAAAACAAGUCCUUUGGUUGUACAGUCGUUGACGUUCAUAUUGUGCAUUGUUCAUAAUCAUCGCUACAACUUUAUUUAUAAAAAGAACACAUUGUCAUGAAACAGUCAUCUUUGUUGUGAUAUUAUCUUGUCUUUCAAUCUGGAGUGAUUAUUUCAAUUUGCCUCAUCAGAUGGUCUUUGAUGGUCUAAAGACUAGUAGUUAUUAACAUUUUUUUCCACCGCGAUUUUUAUUAAUGUAAAUGAAUUUUCAUAUGUGGCAUCCGGGCAUGACGUAUAUUUGAAGUACAGCACCCGGGGUAAAGUAGGCCUACUAGUAAAUAAAAUUUGUAAGUAUUGCUUUCAUGUUAAUAUUCAAAGUCAUAGUAGGAUAAUAGAGCUCACAUCAUAUUCACAAUGUAUAGAAAGACAGAUCGAUCUUGCCUAUCUUCUGCAUUAAGUUAUCUGAUUUGAUGUGACGGGUGAUAUGCCUUUAAUGUAAGUCUGUAUUCUUAAUACUACUUGAUAAUAUUGCAUUCAGAUGUAAUUAUAUGAAUUUCAUUUCGAGACACAUGAAAUUUUAUAUGGCGGAAAUGUUACUUUGAUAUAUGGCAACUUUGUAUGGCGAUACUGGUAUAAAGGAUCUCUUGUCCAUGAAUCUCACGAACACCUCUCACCAGAUUAUGGAUUUAAAAAGUGAAUAAAUACAUUCUUAGAAAGGAUUGGUCAAAACAAACAAAGUUUUGAUGAAUGUCAUUGGCCCCCCAAAUCCUGAGAUCAAUCAAAAUUCUGGUAGGAUACAAUUUAAUGAAUAAUUGUCAUAAUAGUGAUCAUCAAAUUAUUCAACCUCCAUCAAUAUCUAUUGAUCAGACACAUAACCACCAAAGAUAUAGGUUAUCUUCACCUAUCCUAAAGAGUGUAGCAUGCACGUGCUACCAUUUACACGUUUUGAGAUGAAUAAUAUUCCGGUUUUAACCGUGAUUUUUCUUAUGACAUUUUUUCGCGGGGGGAUUGGAGACAUACCUGACAAAUAUAUCACGUUUUUCUUUAGAACGAAGAAUUUAUGAAUAAUAAAUCAUGUCCAGAGAAUGACCCUGCUAGUCAUUUUUCUAAAAUUUUCAAUAGAUUUCCAUUAUUGAUUUAAGUAACUACAGCGUAUAUGUGUUUAUGUGAUUUGGUAUUCAUUAUUAUUAAGUUCAGAUUAUUUCAAAUCUGGUGUAAAUGUAAGUGUAAAUAGUGCAUUUAUAUAUAAAUGUUUGAUCGAAUAUUUAUCUUAAAAAAAAAUGUUUUCUUCCUAUUUGGUAAGUUCUUCCUGUGAGCUAUUAAUCUUGCAGUCGACAUAAUGUGAUGAUGUUGAUAUGAAUAAUGCUUUCUUUGGGUGAAAGCUCGAAUAAUACAAUCCUCUUUUUUUUUUUUUUACAACCGUGCACCUAACUUGCCGAACACCAUGCCUGGAUGAAUAUUUAUAAACGUUUUCAGAAAACUUUAAACGUCGUAAUGACCUGUGUAUUAAUAUAGAACUGACGAUCAUCAUUUGUAAGUAAAAUAAAUGUCUUUUUUAUUAUGAUUAUUCCGACGAUGCAAGAUUAAAUGUUUAAAUGUUUUGUUGAAUAUUAUGAAGAAAUGUGCCUUUUAAAGUGAAUCAAUUGUAAAAAAAGAUUUUGCUAACGAAUGAAAUGAUUGUAAGUGCCAUUUGUGAUAAACAUCCGAGGGACAAGGUGAUGAAAUUGUGAUUUGAUAUUUGAUCCAUUCAAUUUGAUAACAUUCAAGUGAAUUAUCAAUUCUUUGAUUAUUUUUGUAGUAACUGAUUACCUCACUGGUCAGAAAAAAAAGUAUUCGCACAGGAUGAAAGAAAUAUAGGCUACCGGUAGGAAGACUAUUGGAAGCGAAAUAAAGUGCAUUUAUCAUUAGCAUGAUUUUCAAAUACAGAAAAUGAGGUCUAAUGUUCUAAAACAAUGUAAAAUAUAUUGAUAAUAGUAUUUGGGAAAGACGUCUUGUAAUAUUAUCCCGAGUCUCUGUGCCUAUUGCAGUCUUAAAUGCAUGCGGAUCAUAUACUUAUGAAGGGGCUCAUCCAGAUCAAGUAAAUUUAAACCCGGUGUGUGGGACUUCGUUCAUGGUUAUCCCAUUAAUGAAACUAUUUGAGAUAUGUACUUGGGAUGCCCCACACUCCUCACAAGACCUAUAGCUUAAUAGCUUAAGCAAAUGGUUGUCGCAAUAUUCUUGGAUGCCUAUCUCACUCUUUAAGACCAUGCAGUAAACAUGGUUAGUUGUAAUUGAAGGAGUUUGGAGACUGUAUUACGGUGUUACUUUUGGCAGACCUUCCUAAUAAAAGACUAUUACAUGCCCAUGA